AACGUCUGUAUGUGUUUGGGAAAAGCUCUGCAAUUCCCUCCUUUAAUAGCCCUCUGUCUAUCCAAGCCUCCACAAAAAAAAACUUCAAUUUCAUGGACAUCGUCGAUGAAAAAUCUACCUCCGUUUUCCAUCGCCUGAUAGUGAUCACCUCAUCGCUGGAAAGUGAUCGGGAUUAAUCUCUGAAUCGUUUUCUGGCGACCAAAAAAGGCCUAUUGGUCACCCCUUCUCUUUCUACCGAUUUGUUUUCUCUUUCUCUCUCUACAGAUUUUCUCUAUCGGCAUCGAGGCCUCGGAUUCAUUCCGGAAAUUUCAAUACCCUCUGCCCCUGUUGAUGGCUUCUUAUCUUGGAGAGCAGAAGACACUUCAAGCUACAUCUCUAGGGUGAGAGGAGAGUUCAGGCAACGGGUUUCUUACACUCUCGGCGCUUCCAUGUAAAUAAUGGCAUUUUACAGAGAAUGCAGCAAUGGAAUCGACUCGGACCACCUCUUAGGCGCAAAAGGUCAUGACCCAAGUAACAAGAAUGAUGAAAGCAUCCCUAGUUCAGCUGGAGAUGGAGAGGUGCAAGCAAGUUCUAGCGACAAGGAUGUUGUGGGGAAAGCUGAUGAUAGGUACCAAAGUGAGGAGGAAGUGGGAGAUGAUGAUCACGUUCAGGUCGACUUAGGUAAUAAUACUAUUGGAAAGAGGUCACAAAAUUUUCAGCAACCAGGAAGAAGAUCAGCCCUAGUUGGAAAAUGGGGCUCCUCUUUUUGGAAGGAUUGUCAAGUUCUGUUCAAUCAUGAAGAGUCUGACUCUGGAAGGGACUCAAAAAACAUGGAUUCUGAUUUGAGAGGAGAUGAAGGGUCCACUUCUGCUGGGGGAGCUGAACAACUGGAAUUGGAAGAUCUCGAUGGUGGAUUGAAGGAUGGUGGUGAGAGACAUAGGGGCCAAGUUGAUGUCCCAGCUGAUGAGAUGUUGUCUGAUGAUUAUUACGAGCAGGAUGGAGACGAGCAGAGUGAGUCAUUGAAUUAUAGAGCAUCAAAUAGUUCUAAGGUAACAAAUACUGGUACGAAUGGGAGGUCUCUUGCGGUUAAGAGGAAUACCUCAAGGAGUUUAAAGUCUAGGAAGGCAUAUGAAUAUGAUGAUGAUGAUGAUGAUGAUUACGAUGGUGGCUAUGGUAAUUAUGAUGAUGGUGGUGAUGAUGAUGACAAUGAUGAUACUGAUGAUGGUGAUGAUGGUGAUGAUGAUGAUUACAAAGAGGAAGAUGAAGAAGAAGAUGAUGAGCUGGAUGAUGUGGAUUUUAAACCUCAACAUGGUGGCAGAAGGGUCUGUAUGCGGAAGGCUCAAGGAUGGGAAAGUGACGAUCACAUUGAAGAUGAUAAAGAUGACAAUGUUGAUGUCUCUGAUGAAAGUGAUGAGGAUUAUAUGGGAACUUCCCAUCGUAGACGACGUAAAGGCGCACAGAAAAUGCACUCUUUGAGGAAACCGAAAUCUUUUUUAGCAACUGCUCGUCAGAAACGUGGGAAAGCAUAUGUUGUGGAGGAUGAGUCAUCUGCACAAGAGACAGAGAAAGAUAGUGACGAUGAUUUUGAUGAUAAGGGAAGGCGGGCUUUGAAUGGCCGCAAGAAAAGUUUUGGAAGGCCUACCUUACCUGCUGACAGCACCUCUCGGAAUCGAGAACUGCGAAGUUCAGGAAGGUCAGUUCGGAAAGUUUCAUAUGUUGAAAGUGAAGAAAGUGAGCAAGAAGAUGAAAGUAAGAUGAAAAAUCAUCCAAAGGCUUACCAAGAGGAUGCCGAAGAGGAGGAUGGCGAUGCAAUUGAAAAAGUAUUAUGGCACCAGCCUAAGGGAGUGGCUCAGGAUGCCUCGAUGAACAAUCGUUCAAUACAGCCAGUUGUAUCAAGCUCCUUGUUGGACUCUGAUGUUGACUGGGAUGAAGUGGAAUUUUUUAUAAAAUGGAAGGGGCAGUCACACCUUCAUUGCCAGUGGCAAUCGCUCGCCGAGCUUAAACAACUCAGUGGUUUCAAGAAGGUUUUAAACUACAUGAAAAGGGUGAAAGAGGAAAGAAAAUACAGGAAGGCGCUGUCCCGUGAGGAGGUUGAGGUGCAUGAUGUGAGCAAGGAAAUGGAAUUAGACCUACUCAAGCAAUAUAGUCAGGUGGAAAGAGUUUUUGCAGAUAGAAUAAUGAAAAGUGGCUCAGAUGACGAGGUUCAGGAGUAUUUAGUCAAGUGGCGGGGGCUCUCUUAUGCUGAAGCCACCUGGGAGAAGGAUACUGAUAUUGCCUUUGCUCAAGAUGCAAUUGAUGAGUACAAAGCCCGUGAGGCUGCAAUGUUUGUCCAAGGAAAGAUGGUGGAUGGCCAGAGGAAGAAAAGCAAAGCUAGUCUGCGCAAGCUUGUUGAACAACCUGAAUGGUUGAAAGGUGGUACCCUUCGUGAUUACCAGCUUGAAGGCUUGAACUUUUUGGUUAACAGUUGGAGGAAUGAUACAAAUGUCAUUCUAGCUGACGAGAUGGGGCUCGGUAAAACUGUUCAAUCAGUUUCAAUGCUUGGUUUUCUUCAGAAUGCUCAACAAAUUCAUGGGCCGUUUCUUGUAGUUGUCCCUUUGUCAACUUUGACAAACUGGGCUAAGGAAUUUCGAAAGUGGCUCCCAGAAAUGAAUGUAGUCGUUUACGUUGGAAAUCGUGAAAGCAGACGGGUAUGUGAAGAAUACGAAUUCUACACAAAUAAAAAGACAGGUCGCCAUAUUAAGUUGGACACAUUAUUGACUACUUAUGAAGUAGUACUAAAGGACAAAGCAGUAUUCUCCAAGAUCAGAUGGAAUUAUCUCAUGGUGGAUGAAGCACAUCGGCUGAAAAAUAGUGAAGCUUCAUUAUAUACAACACUCUCAGAAGUUUCCACAAAAAAUAAGUUGCUGAUCACAGGAACUCCACUACAGAACAGUGUAGAAGAGCUCUGGGCCCUAUUACAUUUCCUUGAUUCCGAGAAGUUUAAGAGUAAGGAUGAUUUCAUUGAGAAAUACAAAAACUUGAGUUCCUUCAAUGAGAUUCAGCUCGGUAAUCUUCAUAAAGAAUUGAGGCCACAUCUUCUUCGGAGAGUUAUCAAAGAUGUGGAGAAAUCAUUGCCUCCAAAGAUUGAACGCAUUCUUCGGGUUGAAAUGUCUCCCCUGCAGAAACAAUAUUAUAAAUGGAUCUUGGAGCGGAAUUUUCAUGAUCUGAACAAAGGAGUGCGUGGAAACCAGGUUUCCCUUUUAAAUAUUGUUGUGGAAUUGAAGAAAUGCUGUAAUCACCCUUUUCUGUUUGAAAGUGCUGAUCAUGGCUAUGGUGGGAAUGCUAAGAUGAAUGAUAGUAGCAAAGUUGAGCGCAUCGUGUUAAGCAGUGGGAAGCUUGUAAUAUUGGACAAACUUCUUGUUAGAUUGAAAGAAACAAAUCACCGUGUUCUGAUAUUUUCUCAGAUGGUGCGGAUGUUGGACAUACUUGCUGAGUAUCUAUCUUUGAGAGGAUUCCAAUUUCAGAGGCUUGAUGGUAGUACGAGGGCUGACCUCCGUCACCAAGCUAUGGAGCAUUUUAAUGCUCCUGGAAGUGAAGACUUUUGUUUUCUUUUGUCGACUCGUGCUGGUGGGCUAGGAAUUAACCUUGCAACUGCUGACACUGUUAUAAUUUUUGAUUCAGACUGGAAUCCCCAAAAUGAUUUACAGGCAAUGAGUAGAGCUCACAGGAUUGGGCAGCAAGAAGUGGUCAACAUAUACCGGUUUGUUACUAGCAAAAGUGUUGAGGAAGAUAUUCUUGAGCGCGCUAAGAAAAAGAUGGUUCUGGACCACCUUGUUAUUCAAAAGCUCAAUGCAGAAGGCAGGCUGGAAAAGAAAGAAACAAAGAAAGGGGCCUCCAUGUUUGACAAGAAUGAGCUGUCAGCAAUACUUAGAUUUGGGGCUGAGGAACUUUUUAAGGAAGACAGGAAUGAUGAGGAGGGGAAAAGGAAGCUUGAAAACAUGGACAUUGAUGAGAUACUUGAGAGGGCAGAGAAAGUUGAAUCCAAGGGGCUUGAAGCGGAAGAAGGAAAUGAGUUGUUAAAUGCUUUUAAGGUUGCCAAUUUUUCUAAUGCUGAAGAUGAUGCAACCUUUUGGAGUCGUUGGAUUCAACCUGAAGCAGUAGCUCAAGCUGAAGAUGCAUUGGUUCCUCGGGCUGCAAGGAAUACCAAAAGCUAUGCUGAAGUUAAUGAGACUGAGAAGAGCACUAAAAGGAAAAACCGAGGGGUUGAAGAGAGAGCCUCAAAACGUAAUAAUAAAGCUUCAGAUUUGGCAUCGCACUCCCUCCCUGUUCUCGAGGGGGCCUCUGGUCAUGUUAGGGAAUGGUCUGGUGGCAAUUUAUCCAAGAAAGAUGCCAACAGUUUUAUCCGUGCAAUAAAGAAGUUUGGAGAUCAAAGCCGGAUCAGCUUAAUUGUGGCAGAGGUUGGUGGUGCAAUUGAAGCUGCUCCAGUUCAUGCACAGAUAGAGCUCUUUAAUGCAUUAAUAGAUGGAUGCAAAGAAGUGAUUAAUGGAAUGAAUGGUGAUGGCAAGGGUGCUGUGUUGGAUUUCUUUGGAGUUUCUGUAAAGGCACAAGAGCUGCUAGAUCGUGUCCAAGAACUGCAGCUCCUAUCCAAGCGUAUUAAACGUUAUCAGGACCCAGUUGCACAAUUUCGGUUGAGAACACACCCUAAAAACCCUUCAUGGUCAAAAUCUUGCAGUUGGAAUCAAGUUGAUGAUGCGAGGUUGCUUUUGGGAAUUUAUUAUCAUGGAUAUGGAAACUGGGAAAAGAUAAGGCUGGACACUAGGCUUGGUCUCACUAGGAAGAUGGCUCCAGCUGGGCUUUCAGCUUCUGAAACAUUUUUGCCACGUGCACCACACUUGGAUACCCGGGCUUCUGUUUUGUUGCGAAAGGAGUUUGAGGUUGUGCAUGACAAGAGCACAAAAGUCAACAUGACUGCUAGAAAUCCCAAGCGCGAAAGGGAGAAUGCCCUAAAUAUACAAUCUAAUGAUGCAUAUGGGAAGUAUCCUUCUGCUAAACAAAACGCCAAGAUGAAGAAAGAUCCCAUGCAAAAGCGCCAAAAGGUUGAACCUAGGGUCAAAGAGGAAGGAGAGAUAUCUGAGUCAGAGGAGCCUGAUAGAUACAAACAGUACAAGGAAAAAUUAGAUAAAGAAACAAAGGAAGAAAAAUGGCGGGAAUGGUGUGCAGAAAUAAUGUCUGAUGAGAUCCGCACUUUGAGGCGUCUGGAAAAAUUGCAGACUACGAGUGUGGAUCUACCCAAGGAGGAGGCGAUCUUCAAAGUUAAAACCUACUUACAAGUUCUUGGGAAAAAGAUUGAUUUUAUUGUUAAGGAGCACGGAAACGCACGUAAUUAUAUUCGAAUGACCACGCGCUUAUGGAACCAUGUCGCCAAUUUCUCAAACCUGUCUGGUGAGCGGCUUUCUGAGAUCUAUUCAAAGCUUAAGGAAGAGCAGCAUGCCGAAGUGGGACCCACACCCUCUGACAGUAAUACCGCUCCCCUUGCAGGCCCCAGUGGCAGAGAGAGUGACAAUGGCCAGUUUGUCCCCGUCAUGGGCAGCGAGUUUCACAAGCCAACGAAGCCAUACCACAAGUUGCCCACAUACACAACUGAUUCAUGCCAUAGAGAGCAAGAGACAGGGAAAUCAGAAGCUUGGAAAAGGCGAAGGAGGAGCGAAAUUGACAAUAGUGAUCCUCAUUUUCAGCCUUGCACCUAUAAUUCAUCCUAUGGUCAAUCUCAUAAUAAUGGUAGCCGUUUGCACGAACCAAACAUGACGGGGAUUUUGGGGUGGGGUCCACCAGAUAAUAGGCGAUUUGCGAUGGGCCCUGAUAAGUGGGGUGGUAGGCCUCAGCAGCCGCAAUAAUUUUCUGGGAUGGGGCUUAUACUAUUUAGGGGGAUCUUUGAGAUUAGGGUGUAUAGCCGUCUUUUUGACGAGCUGUGCCCUCGGGGAAAUUUUUUUUUUCUUGUGAAGAAGUAUAAUAAAUAUGCAGAUCCGAAGCUGGUUUGAAGUCCAAAGGAGCAGCAUCGGUUGUACAAGGCAAGAACUAGAGGAGAAAGAAGCAAGCAGGUGAGGUUUUGAGAGAAAAAAAUGAUCAAUAGAGUGGUUUUGUAGGCAAUACAAGGUACGUGAAGCGGGUCAUGUAGUUGCAUGGGUGGGUCAGAUAGUGUAUUGAGGGGGGUCAAUAUUGUAUCGUUGCAAAGGUGUUGACUACUUCAUUUGCGGCUCACGAUGCUUGCUAUGUAUUCUUUUUUUGCCUUUUUCCAUUGCGAGUACAAUGUGUAACAUUUUACUAUGCAGAGCUUGAUCAAUUAAAUUCAUAUCAUGUUUCACCUUUUUGAGGUAUUUUGUGAGUC